AUGGUUCAUCUUCCCUCAAUCGCGGCGGCCUUGGCUGCUCUGCCUCUUGUCUAUGGCGCUGGUUUGAACACUGCUGCCAAAGCUAAGGGACUGAAAUACUUGGGAUCCGCCACCGACAACGGCGAGCUCUCGGACGCUCCCUAUGUGGCCCAACUGAGCAACACCGAGGACUUCGGUCAACUAACCCCCGGCAACUCCAUGAAGUGGGAUGCCACCGAGCCCAGUCAGAACUCCUUCUCUUACGCCGGGGGUGAUGCCAUCGUCAACCUGGCCCAGGCAAACGGCCAGUUGAUGCGCUGCCACACCCUCGUCUGGCACAGCCAGCUGCCCAACUGGGUCUCGAGCGGAACUUGGACCAAUGCCACCCUCAUUGCGGCCAUGAAGAACCACAUCACCAACGUCAUGACACACUACAAGGGCAAGUGCUAUGCCUGGGACGUUGUCAACGAAGCUUUGAACGAAGACGGUACCUACCGGGACUCUGUCUUCUACAGAGUCAUCGGCGAAGCCUUCCUCCCUAUUGCGUUUGCGACUGCCGCGGCGGCCGACCCCAAUGUGAAGCUAUACUACAACGACUACAACAUCGAGAACCCCGGCAACAAGGCGACCGGUGCGCAGAGAAUUGUUAAGCUGGUUCAGUCAUACGGAGCCAAGAUCGACGGCGUCGGUCUCCAGGCACACUUCAUCGUCGGCAGCACCCCCAGCCAGUCGGAUCUGACCACUACCCUCAAGGGCUACACUUCCCUGGGCGUCGAGGUAGCCUAUACUGAGCUCGACAUCCGCAUGCAGAUGCCUUCCAGCAGCGCAAAGCUUGCCCAGCAGUCUGCCGACUACCAGAGCGUGGCUGCCGCCUGUGUGACCACCCCGGGCUGUAUCGGUAUCACCAUCUGGGACUGGACUGACAAGUACUCCUGGGUCCCCAGCGUCUUCUCCGGCUAUGGUGAUGCUUGCCCUUGGGAUUCCAACUAUGUCAAGAAGCCCGCCUAUAACGGCAUCCUGGCUGGUCUGGGAGCAGGCUCUUCCACCGGCACUACCUCUUCCUCUACUCUGACCACCACCACCAAGACCUCCACCACGACAGGUGCGACUACCACCGGCGUCUCUCAGAAAUGGGGACAGUGCGGCGGUUCCGGCUGGAACGGUCCCACCACCUGUGUGAGUGGCACUACCUGCCAGAAGCAGAAUGAUUGGUACUCGCAGUGCCUUUGA